AUGGAAACAUUAAGCCCUUGUUCAACUCCAAAAAGAUCAUCAAAAAGAACUUCAUUAUCAAGAACCAAAAAUAGUAGAUAUAAUCCUUAUGCAGACCGUGGCCUAGACAAAUUUUCAGCACUCUUAGCCAAUCUUGAAGACAAAAAACAAGAAAUUUAUACCCAAAUGGGAUCUGAUGAUAUCGCUUUUGUUCGUUUCGUUUUCUCGAAUUCAAAUUCAAUCAAGCCCAUUGUUGUCAAAUUGAAGGACAAAAAUCAAACAUCAUCAAGUGACACUGAUGAUGACAAACAAAUGAUCAAGAAGAACUCAGAGUUCGUCGAUAAGAAGACCAUUCACGAGGUGUCAAAUAUUCCAGCUAGUGAAAUUGAUCAAGAACGAAAAGUAGAAUCGAGGAGAAGGAAAUUUUUAAGGAAUUUGAAGUUGGCAAAUUUCAAGAAGCCAACUUAUUAUAUGCCAUUGGCUAUAAUCUUAAUAUUGGUAUUUUUAGCUGUUUAUGGAAGGUGUUUUGCAAUAUUGUGUACAUCAAUUGGAUGGUACACAAUACCGACCAUAAAAGCUAGCUCAAGAAGGACGAAAAGGAAGUAUAUGAGAAAAUCGGGAGAAAAAAAAGUUACAAUCUGUGAAGAACCAAAAGAUCAUAAAUUGCUUGCUGGAAAACAUGGCCAUAAGAGCAGUUGA